UCAAAGGUAAAGACACUCAAGGACAGAAAUCUUUUGCAGAGGUAAGAUUUUCUUCAGUCACCAUAUUUGAUUAGCUGUGGGGAAGUGGAGGUUUCCAUGAAGAAUUCCAUAGCUUCUUCCAGAUCAUAGUGUCUGACCCACACCGGCUGGUGUCUCCUGAUACGCAGCACGGAUGGAAAUGGCAAGUUCCCUGGCCUUUCUUCUGCUCAGCUUUCAUGUCUGCCUCCUCUUGGUCCAGCUGCUCACUCCUUGCUCAGCUCAGUUUGCUGUGCUUGGACCCCCUGGGCCCAUCCUGGCCAUGGUGGGUGAAGACGCUGAUCUGCCCUGUCACCUGGUCCCGACCAGGAGUGCAGAGACCAUGGAGCUGAGGUGGGUGAGUUCCAGCCUCAGGCAGGUGGUGAGUGUGUAUGCAGAUGGAAAGGAAGUGGAAGACAGGCAGAGCACAGAGCAUCGAGGGAGAACUUCGAUUCUCCGGGAUGGCAUCGCUGCAGGGAAGGCUGCUCUCCGAAUACACAACGUCACAGCCUCUGACAGUGGAAAGUAUUGUUAUUUCCAAGACAGUGACUUCUGUGAAAAAGCCCUGGUGGAGCUGAAGGUUGCAGCACUGGGUUCUGAUCUUCACAUUGACAUGAAGAGUUAUGACGCUGGAGGGAUCCGUCUGGAGUGCAGGUCCACUAGCUGGUACCCCCAGCCCCAAAUACAGUGGAGCGAUGCCAAGGGACAGAACAUCCCGGCUGUGGAAGCACCUGUGGUUGCGGACGGAGCGGGUCUGUAUGCAGUAGCAGGAUCUGUGACCAUGAGAGGCAGCUCUGGGGAGCGGGUGUCCUGCAUCAUCAGAAAUUCCCUCCUCGGCCUGGAAAAGAUAGCCAGCAUUUCCAUCGCGGGUUAGUGCCUGCUUGGCCUCAGCUUUACUGAGCUGAGCUGUGGCAGUUGAAUGAAGGGGGAUGUGUGAGUUUCUACUGUGUGAGUCUCUGGAGU